AUGACUACACCACUUGUCAUGGGGGCACUCGAGGUGAUCUCCUCAGUCCCUAUCCUCACAGGCAGGGCCAACUUUGAAGAGUGGCGUGUUGGUCUCAAGGUUGCCCUCGAUUCCUAUGAUGAAGAUAUGUGGCCUAUCAUUGUGGGCCAGUCCCGUGCAGCUCUCACUCAGCGCCAAGAGACCCCUGAUAUCGGCACUGUUCGUGCUGCUCUUCAUCUCGAACUAGGAAAAGAGCCUACCGAGGAGGAAAUUCAAACCUGGCUCACGGCCCAGAUUCGCCAGCCCAAUGCAGAAUUCGACUGGUUCAGAAAGCGGCACAAGAUCGCCAAGUAUCUCAUCUAUUGCACCCUGACGCCUGCUGCCCGUAGACUCAUCGUCAAUUUAGAUGAUGCCCAUGAUAUUUUUGCCAAGCUACGGACCACUUACGACACCAGCAACCAUCGCGCCCUAGCUCCCAGAUGGUAUGCAUUCAAUGCUCUCAAAUACCAUGCUAAUGGAAACCCUCAGACCUUCAUCUCCAAGUGGGGCAGCGCUCUUGAGGAGGUCAAUUCGUGCCUCCCAAUGAGCGAUCCUAUUCCAGUGGAACUCUGCCUCGCCAUGUUCAAAAAUGCGAUUCGGGCAGUUCCAACCACUCAGAACUUCAUCACUCAAUACCAGCCUCCCACCGACCGAGACACCCUUCUGGAGGACCUCUUCAACAAGUUCAUUGAGUAUGAAAUGCACAGACUACAGGAUGCAAAAAAUUGA